GUAAAAAAGACUCAUAUUUUGCUUAGCGAAUCCAGAGAGAAGCAAACACUGAAACAAUUAUGUUGGCUUCCAUGGCCAACCGAGAAGCCUCUUCUUCUUCUGCUCCUUUCACCAAAUCAUGGAAAUACCAUGUCGUUCUGAGCUUCAGAGGCGAAGACACGCGCCACAACUUCACGGACCAUUUGUAUAGCGCUUUAUGUCAACAAGGCAUUAACACCUUCAGGGAUGAUGAUGAGCUCAUAAGAGGAGAAGAAAUAUCAAGCGCGCUUUUCACAGCAAUUGAAGAAUCAAAGAUUUCUGUCGUUGUGUUCUCUAAAAACUAUGCCUCUUCAAAGUGGUGUUUGGAUGAACUUGUUAAGAUUCUUGACUGCAAGAAAUCAAAACAACAACUGGUCAUACCAGUUUUUUACAAGGUGAAUCCAUCAGAUGUACGGAAUCAGAGAGGUAGCUUCGGGGAUGCACUGGCUAACAUGGAGUGCAAAUACAAAGAAAAUAUGCAGAAGGUCAACAAAUGGAGGGCAGCUCUUUCACAAGUAGCAGCUUUGUCAGGGUUCACUUUGGACGAGCGUCAAUCUGAAUCUGAGUUUAUCCAAAACAUCAUUGAAAAGAUUUCAAAACACAUAUUAAACACCGUGUGUUUGGAAGUGGCAGAGCAUCCAGUUGGAAUGCAAGCUCAAGUACAAGUUAUGAAUGAGCUAUUAGAUUUGGGGAUGCGAAUCCGAAUUAAUUUGGCUUCCAUGGCCAACCAACGAGCCUCUUCUUCCUCUGCUUCUUUCCCAAAGUCACGGGAAGACCAAGUAUUUCUGAGCUUCAGAGGCGAAGACACGCGCCACAACUUCACAGACCAUUUGUAUAGCGCUUUAUGUCAACGACGCAUUAACACCUUCAGGGAUGAUGAUGACCUCGGAAGAGGAGAAGAAAUAUCACGCGCGCUUCUCACAGCAAUUGAAGAAUCAAAGAUUUCUGUCAUUGUGUUCUCCAAAAACUAUGCCUCUUCAAGAUGGUGUUUGGAUGAACUUGUUAAGAUUCUUGACUGCAAGAAAUCAAAACAACAACUGGUCAUACCAGUUUUUUACAAGGUGAAUCCAUCAGAUGUACGGAAUCAGAGAGGUAGCUUCGGGGAUGCACUGGCUAACAUGGAGUGCAAAUACAAAGAAAAUAUGCCGAAGGUCAACAAAUGGAGGGCAGCUCUUUCACAAGUAGCAGCUUUGUCAGGGUUCACUUUGGACGAGCGUCAAUCUGAAUCUAAGUUUAUCCAAAACAUCAUUGAAAAGAUUUCAAAACACGUAUUAAACACCGUGUGUUUGGAAGUGGCAGAGUAUCCAGUUGGAAUGCAAGCUCAAGUACAAGUUAUGAAUGAGCUAUUAGAUUUGGGGGAAAGCGAUGUUCGUAUGGUAGGGGUAUGGGGAACUGGUGGAAUUGGUAAGACCACAAUUGCUAAAGCUGUUUAUAAUUCAAUUGCCCACAAAUUUAAAGGUUGUUCCUUUUUGGCAAACGUUAGAGAAAGGUCAACGUCGCAUGAAGGUUCAGUCGGAUUACAAGAGAAUCUUCUUUCUGACAUUCAAAGGGUAAAAAAUUUGAAGGUGACCAACGUUGAUAAAGGAGUCACUAUUAUAAAGGAAUGGUUGAGUCGUAGAAAGAUUCUCUUGGUUCUUGAUGACGUGGAUGACAUGGAACAGUUACACAAGUUAGUUGGAGCAUGUGAUUGGUUUGGUGCAGGCAGUAGAAUUAUCAUAACAACAAGGGAUAAGCAACUGUUAACUGCUCAUGAUGUUAAUUUAAUCCAUGAGGUCAAGAUUUUAGAUGAUGAUAAAGCUCUUGAGCUCUUCUGUUGGCAUGCCUUCAAAAGAAGUGGGCCUUCUUUGGAUGAUUAUGUGAAACUUGCAGAAAGUGCAAUACGCUAUGCUCAAGGCCUUCCUUUGGCUUUGAAAGUUCUCGGUUCUUGUCUAUGUGGUGGAAGUAUAGAUAAAUGGGAACACACAUUGGAUGGUUUCAAAAGCAAGAAAAUUCAAGAUGUUCUCAAAGUAAGUUACGAUACCUUGGAUGAUAUUGUCAAGGAGGUUUUCCUUGACAUCGCAUGUUUCUUUAAGGGUAAAAGUAGAAACUAUGUGAUAGAAACACUAGAAGCUUGUGACCUCAGCCCUAGGUAUGGUAUUGAAGUACUCAUUGAAAAGGCCCUCAUAAGUGUUGAACAUGGAGAUUAUAUUCGGAUGCAUGACUUAUUAGAAGAGAUGGGUAAGGACAUAGUUGAGCAAGAGUCGCCCACUGAAGCCGGAGGACGUAGCAGAUUGUGGUUUCAUGAAGAUGUCGAGCAUGUUCUGACUAAUAAUACUGGGAAAAAAAAAAUCACAGGCAUCAUGUUAAAUUCCCCCAAAAAGGAUUAUGAGAUAUUCAUGGAUGUUGAUUGCUUCUCGAAGAUGAAAAAUCUUAAAAUUUUCAUGAACUAUAACGUAUGUCUUUCUGGAGACAUUGGUUGUCUCCCAAACAUGUUGAGAGUGCUUUAUUGGUAUAGAUGUCCGCUCCAAUCUUUUCCACCCAAUUUUCGUCCAAACGGACUAGGGUUGCUCAAUCUGCCUUACAGCUGCAUCAAACAACUGUGGGAGGGAUUGAAGCAUUUCACAAAGUUGACAUCUUUGAAUUUAGAGCUCUCUGAAUUCCUAACUGAAAUCCCCGACCUAUCAGGCAGCCCAAACUUAAGGUACUUGAAUGCUAGUUAUUGUGAAAGUUUAGUUGAGGUUCAUCCAUCUGUUGGAUAUCUUGAUAAACUUCAAGUAUUGGAUUUUUGUGGCUGCUAUGAACUCACCAAGUUUCCAAAUAAAGUUUGGUGGAAAUCUCUGAAAUGGUUGGAUCUUAGAGAUUGCAUAAAGUUGGAGAGUUUCCCAGAAAUUGUGGACAAAAUGGAAUCCUUAUAUCAUUUGGGCCUUGCCGAAACGGCUAUAAAGGAGUUGCCUGCAUCAAUUGGACAUCUCAUUGGGCUGAAAUAUUUGUUCUUAUGUGGAACUCAUAUAAAAGAGUUGCCUUCCUCAUUUGGACAUCUAACUGCGCUUGCAAAGUUAUCUUUAGAAAGAACUGCAAUAGAAGAGUUGCCUUCAUCAAUUGGAGAUUUCACUGCGCUUGAAAUUUUAAAUUUAGAAGGAUGUGAAAACCUCGCAAAUCUGCCACAAAAAGGAUUGACAGGGGCAGGUCAUGUGGGGCUGCGCUAUAUUGCAGUACCGCGCAAAAUUUCAUUACCUGCUCACAUGAAGCGAAAGAGUGAUGAUCAAUUAAAGUCGUCUGUUCAUCGAUUUAUUAAUGUUAACUACAAAGGCGGCAGAGGGCUCUUCAAAAGCUAUGGGGUCCACCUGUCUCUUAACAACAUGCCAAAGGAUGGUUUUGGUUUUUGCUCAAUGCCAGAGGACGGUGAUGAUGAUGAAAAUAAAGAGGAAUUAGAUGAUGAUGAUGUAGGUGAUGAAGUUCGACUCAGAAAGAGAAAAAAGAUGACCUCCCUCUGCAUUUCAAUGUGA